AAGAACUGACUACACACGCGCACAGUGACAUUUACAAGCAACGCAAUGGCGUCAUUUUGCGUAAGGAGGACUGACUGCUGAAUGAACCGGAUGAGGAAGACAAAAAUUAACCAGCUUUGAUGCAACGCUGUUUUGAAGAUGGUUUACGUGUCUAAUGGCCAGGUUCUGGAUAGCCGGAGCCAGUCCCCUUGGAGUUUAUCUUUUAUUACAGAUCUCUUUUGGGGAGUAGUGGAGUUUGUUGGAUUAUUCUUUCAUAGCUUGUUCCAGCCAGACUUGUCAAAGAAAGGAACUCCUGGCUCCUCAUCCUCUUCUAGAUUUGAUGAUGGCAGAGGCCCCCCUCGAUUCCCUGGAGGAAGACGAAUGGGAAGAGUAAAUCAUGGUGGAGGCGGUCCAAGUGCCCCUCCUAUGGGAGGAGGUGGAUGAGGAAGGUAAACGCCUGCAUAAAUUAAUGCAGGCAAGGAUGCCCAUGUUCACAAGGCUGGUCUGGAUCUUUAAAGUGAAGGUCUUCAUAAGAAGAGAAUUGCGCAGUUGGUAACGUGAAUGUGUGUGUGUCCACCUGAACAGCUGCUACUGCUGACAUGCAGAUUCUUGAUGUUGCGCUGGGAAUACCUGACCAAAGGUGCCACUGCAAUUGAUGAGCAGCAUUUCCUUUCUUUGUAUAAUGGGAGUUUCCUAAUGUUUUUCUUUUGUGUUGAUUUAAAGUUCGUUUUUUUUUUUUUUAAUCUGUAUGCUGAAAUGUGUCAAUAAAAUAAUAAAAAAAAUAUUGUGUAAUAAAAUAUAUAUAUACUAUUGCUAUUGAAAUGAACUCUUGAAUAUUUAUAAAGUAAUGCUGGGAAGAUGAUCUGCUUUUACACCCCAUUUUAAUACAAUAUGAAACAUGUAUACAGGUUAAAAAUAAUGUGUGCUCAUACAAAAUGUGUUUUGUUUUCCUAAUAAACAAUUGCAUAGUA